UAGUAAACUCCGUGGCAUAUUGACGUAAAUAAUAACAAAUUCGCAAAUCCAAAGCUCCAGAAAACAAAUUAUAUCAGCAGGAUCCUCCGAUUUUCGAUUUUCUUCUCCGAUUAACUCGCUGAUCACUUUCCCGGUGGGUGAGAGAUUCGUCAGGCGAGGCAAGGAUGAGUCAGGUCUUUGAAGGAUACGAGCGCCAGUAUUGCGAGCUCUCCGCCGGUCUAUCGCGGAAGUGCACCGCGGCAACGGCUCUUACCGGAGAACAGAGGAAGCAGAAACUCUCUGAAAUAAAAACUGGAUUGGACGAUGCUGAGACUUUGAUUCAGAAAAUGGACCUUGAGGCAAGGAGUUUGCCGCCAAACGUGAAGGCCAUGCUUCUUGCUAAGUUAAGAGAAUACAAAACUGAUUUGAACAAUUUGAAAAACGAAGUUAAGAGAAUCACAUCUGGUAAUACCAACCUCGCCGCACGAGAUGAGUUGCUGGAAUCAGGAAUGGCAGAUGCAAUGAUGGUAUCAUCCGAUCAAAGAGGAAGGUUGUUGAUGACAACAGAGAGACUAAACCAGUCCACCGACAGAAUUAAGGAAAGUAGAAGAACAAUGUUGGAAACAGAAGAACUUGGUGUCUCCAUACUGCAAGAUUUACAUCAACAACGCCAGUCUCUUCUGCAUGCGCAUAACACCCUCCAUACAGUGGAUGACAAUAUUAGCAAAAGCAAGAAGGUCCUUACGGCCAUGUCACGAAGGAUGAGCAGGAACAAAUGGAUAACGGGUUCCGUAAUCACUGUCCUAGUUCUUGCCAUCAUAUUGAUCCUUUAUUUUAAGCUGAUUCAUUAGCUCGUCGGCCGUGCUUUUCCUAAAUGUCCAAUUGUUUUUGACACUUUGGCAUUCCGUCAAGAUUGUUGUGUAUGUAAUUUGAUUCUAUAAUUGUGAUUUAUGUUAUCAUUAUUAUUGGUUUUAUAAUGUGUGUUGCAGGGUGUCAGUCAAAGGAUGCACAAAAUUGUCCCACAUCUGUUGUUUCUUUAUGUAAUCUUCAAUCGAGACAAUAUCAGAAAUGUGUUGUCAUCCAUCUCAUUUAGUGUUUCGUAUUUACAUAGUUAAGAGUAGAGAUGAAUACCUACUUAUUUUCUUUCUCUGUUAUAAAGUUGAUGAUGUUGGUUAACAAUACAUGCAAUAUGCUUGGCUAGAAUAUUUGAUUACUUAGAAAUAUAUAGGGAAGUAGAUGCUUGGUGGCAUUAAAUCUGAAAUUAAAAGAACCAAUGAUACAUGCGAA